CAGAAAUGAUAUGUCCGCAGUGUAAUAAUAAACUUACUUUAAAUAUGUCAACAUUAUUUUUUCGGUGUCGAAAAUCGAUUACUAUCCAACGCAAUCAUAAAAGAAAAAAAACCUCACAAUGUGAAUUUAAACAAAGUGCUAAAACUAAUACGUGGCUAGCCAAUUGUAAUCUCGAUAUUGCGAUAGUUACUCGUUUUGUUGCGUAUUUUCUCAUGAUACGUCCUCCACGUUUUGAAUUCCUCAAACAAGAAUUACAGCUGAGCGAUAAAACUAUAGUUGACUGGUCAAGUUUUUGCCGUGAGGUGUGCGUUAUGUGGCUUGAGGCUCAACAGAAUCCGAUUGGCGGAAAAGGAAUUGUUGUCGAGAUAGAUGAAGCCAAAAUUGGUAAACGCAAAUACAAUCGUGGGCGUCUAGUUACAGGUAAAUGGAUUUUUGGUGGCUUUGAGCGUGGUACAGGCAAAGCUUUCAUUGUACCGGUCAAAAAUCGCACUGCAGAAACAUUAUUAAGUGUUAUAAAACAGUGGAUUUUGCCAAAAACUACAAUAAUAUCAGAUAUGUGGCGGGCUUAUGAUUGUUUAAAUAACGAAGGCUUCAUCCAUUUAACUGUAAAUCACUCAAUGAAUUUUGUAGAUCCAGAAACUGGAGCUCAUACCCAGAAUAUUGAACGAACAUGGCGAGAAGUUCGAGCCAAUAUUCCGCGAUACGGCACACGAGAGAAACAUCUCAUCGGAUACAUGGCAGAAUUUUUUUUUAAACGGCAAUACAAGUUUGACGACCGAAUAGUCAGUUUCUUUGAGGCUGUCGGGAAAUUUUUUCCCCCAGGAUCGAAUACAACUAAUCCAUAAUUA